UCCAGCAGUUUCACCUCAUCGAGGUGGCUGGAUAGCCUCAGAAAAGUAAUGAAGCACAGAAACGAUAACAGGAAACAGCAGAGGAUGUGGUUUAACUGUCUUUUGAUUAUUUUUCUCAACACUAAUCAUUUAGUGGACUCAUUCUCUUUGGAACCUAGUGAAAUUGAUCCAGAGGAUGAAUGGGACUCAGUGGAAAGUUUAACAUUAAGCGCAGAUGAUUAUGACAGUGAUUUGUUUAUGCCACAACCAAAAAUGCACUCAGAACCGGCUCCUCCGCUAAAUCUACCGGUGUCGGUACGAAUACCAGCGUCUGAACUCUACAAAGAACUUUUCACCCCAGAAAAGGGCGGUAAACCGAUUCCUCCACAGGUCAAGUCAAUACUUCUGCCCACAGUACCUUCCGCGAAACCGGCAAACUCUGUCUCCGGUGCGACGAAGAUGGUGGAGGUUUUGUGUCACCUGGACCGGAUGUUUGUGAGAGUCCUGAAGAGUUUUUGUAGUAGUUUCGGCGCAUGGAGAUACUUGAAACUGGGAACGUGUGCUGUCAAUAAAGCCACAGCUACUCACUAUUAUUUUGUGUACUAUCUGAAAGGAUGUGGUAUAAAACGACAGGAGGAUGCCAAUCGAGUGAUUUACACAAACAUGCUCCAAUAUAAACCAGCUGUCACUGGGUUGAUUGUGAGGGAACUGCCGUUUUCAAUGCCUAUUCGCUGUAGCUACACGAAGUUUCACCGCUCCUAUCAGGUUGGAUUCAAAUCCAAGAUAGUUGGUGGAACUGUGUACAGGGGCCUACAGACUCCUGCAGGGCUCUCAAUCAUGGCAAUGGACGCAUCUUGGAACUUGCUUGCUGAUGGCCAGAGUUUUGUCCUUGGCAAACCAAUAUGCUUUGAAGCCAAAGGCCCCAGCAGUGAGGCAGGCAAACGACUGUACGUGAACAGUUGUUUUGUCACUUCCUCUCCCAGCCCUCAGUCAAUGGAGAAAUAUUCUGUGGUUGAAAAUUAUGGAUGCCUGGUGGACAGUAAGAACAGCAUUCUGACGAAGUUCCACACCAGUGCUAACAAGAUGACCGUGAGGCUUUGUGUUGCAGCUUUUCUGUUUAAAAACAUGGUUUCUCUGCCACAGACCAAAAAGACUAUGUUUAUGCAUUGUGAGUUGGACUUUGGGCCACAGAUUCCUACACCAAGUACUAAGUCAUGCACGUAUAAUGCAAAAACCAAGAAGUGGACAGAGAUAUAUGGUGAUUCCACAGUCUGCAACUGUUGUGCAUCUACAUGUCCUGCUCCUUCAGUUGCAUCUGAUAAGACAAUGAUCACCAGUGAGUCUUGGAAUUUGAAGAUGGGACCAGAAACCUCAUCACCUCGUUCACCAGAAGAGUCCAUGCCUGAAUUCCCUUUAGCUGGCCAUGAUGACUUUGAGUCGCUCUGGGAAUCCGAUGAUGAUGAUGAUGAUUACUAGGAGAACGUUUUACAGAUGGCAGAUGUUAAGGACUCUAAAAGUGUGAACUAUGUAGUUAUGCCUUGUGAAGUUAAUAUGAUAAACUGAAUUCACAAAUUAUUUAAUCUCUUUACAUUUGUCACCAAAAGAGUAAAUGCACUAUGAAACAAUGAACACCUAAGCAAAAGUACAUUA